AUGCUUGUUAACCUUCGGCAGCGAACAUACUACUUGGCCACAACAUGUAUCAUAUUCAUAUUCUGUAUCGCCUUCUAUCUGCGCACUGAGAUAGCUACAGGCGCAAGUCCCACAGUGGAAAAAACUCAAACUGAAAAAAACCCAAUCAAAGAAGAACACGCCAUACCACAGAAGCCAAAAUACAAGCCAGAGAAAGCUUCGAUCAGUCCCCCCAUCAUCGACAACUUCCCCGUCGCAGCAGCCGCCCAUUCAGCCUCCGAACUCCCCACCAUCGCACCAUGGAACGCCCCACCAUCUCCCCACGUACCAGAAAGCACUCCUCUCUUCAUCGGUUUUACACGAAACUGGCGACUCCUCCAACAAGUAGUAGUAUCGUACAUAACUUCCGGCUGGCCCCCGGAAGACAUAUACGUCGUCGAAAACACGGGCGUCAUGAACAGCAACAAGAACGGGGAACUGUCACUGCAAAACCCAUUUUUCCUAAACCACACACGCCUCAACAUGCUCGGUGUAAACGUGCUCGUCACCCCUACGCUUUUCACGUUCGCGCAGCUGCAGAAUUUUUAUCUGUAUACGAGUAUUCAAAAUGAGUGGAAGCAUUAUUUCUGGUCACAUAUGGAUGUUGUGGCUGUAUCUUAUGAAGAUUCGCCCCCGGAUUCUAUUCCAGAGUCCAAAUCCAUCUACACACAUUGUGUUUCUGCUCUCCGGGACGUCGCAUUGCCCGAUCCAGAAACAGGGGCUGCGAAACGUUGGGCCAUGCGAUUCUUCGCGUACGAUAAUCUGGCGCUGGUCAACGUAGCCGCGUUUAUUGAAGUAGGCGGUUGGGAUACGAUGAUUCCAUUUUACAUGGGAGAUUGCGACAUGCACGCACGCAUCGAGAUGGCAGGUCUCGGUAUCACAGAUGGGCCUGCAGGUUUAAUCUACGACGUAGCGAGUGCUCUUGACGACUUACUAGUAUUGUAUCGCAAAGUAGGCGUCUUACCAGAGUGGACGGAUCCGAAUGUGCUAGACGACGAGAUGAGGGCUAUUGCGGAGGAAGCGGAGCGGAAGGCCGAGGAAUCUAGAUUGGAGGUCGAGAGGUUGGAGAAAGGAGGAGUAGAGAAGGAAAAGCAAAAGCGCGAAAUACCGACUAGGGAAAGAGAUGAUGUCGGUGGCAUCCUGGGUAAAAACGAAAUCGAUCUCCAAGACGAAGAAAUCCACUACGAAUUCCUGCCUCCCUCUCCCUCUCCCUCCUCCCCACCCCACACAUCUACAUCAUUAUCCGACACGCCCAACUCACCCACCUAUUUUGCCCCCCUCCUCAGCACGCUCGACCGCAUGCAGAACUCCAAGCACGCGUCCCGGGGCGGCCGCAAUACCUGGCAGGGGCGGCAGACGGGUGGGAUCGGCGAACCGUUCUACAGAGACAGCGAGGGUUUUGAACGCGCGAUCGUCAUGACAAUUGAUCAUGGACGGGCGGUGUUUGCGGAGAAGUGGGGGCAUAAGGAUUGUGAUAUUGUGCGGAUUGGCAUGCGGCCUGGGGAUGCUUGGAGGGUGGAGAGGGAUUGGUGA